GGUAUCUCCCGGAAAACCUGUCUGAUCAGUGCCUGCACUGGCUAAGGCAUGUGCGAAAUCAGUCCACGGACGGAAGGGAAGGGGGAAACGGCGGCGGACCCUGACAGAAUGACCUGGUAGAUAUUCCAUGCGAUUGAUUAGAUGGACCUAGGAUUCUAAUGUGGCCUCUGACGAACUGGAACACCCACACGACCAUUCCUCUCCUUGCGGUGCUGUUCACUGGCUUGUGCUGCUUAACCCAAGCAAUUACUAUAACAGCUCCGGAAUACAGUCUCAUCAAGUCAGUGCAGGAGGAUGUGCUCAUCUCUGUGGGGAUUGCAUGUAGUGAAACACCGACGAUCGAGUGGACAUUCAUGUCUUCAAGCAGCAGGCGGGACGUUGCAGUCUGGCAGCCAGGAGUGCACAGCAACAUAUCAGAGUAUUAUGAGGACAGGCUGAAAACGCAUAAUAAUGGAUCGAUAACACUUUUGGACCUGCGUCUGGCGGACUCUGGUGUCUAUAUACUAACAGUGAGUGAACCCACUGGACAUAGCAAAGGCUCAACCAUCAUAUUGAAGGUCACAGAAGUCCUCUAUGAGGACUUGCAGUAUUUAGCCGUCUUUGUCACUGUCCUGGGGGGCAUUGCUGGUUUCCUAAUGCUAUCCAUGUGGCUUCUGGACAAAGUUUACAGGCGGGUUAAAACAUGGAGGCAAAUGAGAAAACAGCCAGAACAUGAUGAAACGGAGCUGCAGCCUCUCUGAACAGAGAGCACUAAAGCCAGAAAUGAAAUCCAAGCUUCUGUACGAAAGAACAUCAGUAAAUUGCAGGGAAUAAAGACCUACAAGAUACCAGGGCCUCAGGUGCUUGGACCUUACCCAUCCCCUUCACAUUCAUAACAAGUCACUUUACCCAACACACAAACUACCACCUGUCUGUUUUAACUGGACUCAUCUAACCAUUUUAAUAUUGUGUUUAAAGAAACUUCUACUGAUGGCUCUCUUGGUCUAACACUCUUGGGGCAGACAAACAAGUUGAUGCAAGAGUGAUCCAGCUGAUGAUUGACUGCCAGGAGACUCAUGGUCUAGGUCAGACCUGCACCGCACCUGAUCUCUACAGGACUUAAGUAGGGCUGAAAGGAGUGAAAGGAAUGGUAUUUCCUUAUCCACAUGCUGGGAACACCAUCACUUGUCUCAAAGUCACUCUCAUUCUUAUUGGGUAAAAUCAAAUUCACUUAGGACAUGUUCCUAUGGACCGGAAAAUUACUGAAAAGGGGACAUCAUCUUCAAAAUGUGUGGCAAAGAAGUUAAAAGAUCUUGACAUUGUACUUGUAUGUAUAUUAUGUACAGAUGUUCUUGUUGAUAAUGUGCUGUGUAACCUGUUCAAAUGUUUUAAGAAAAUACCUCUGGUUAAUAUUAUGAAGACGCACAGGUGAACUGACAUUGCAUGGAUGUUCGUAGAACCUAUUAAAUUUGCUUCUGGAGUCACUGUGGUGGUACAUGCACCUGUGUAGAAGCAUGUGACCAAUGCACAUGACUGCAGGCAAAGUAUCCAUUUAAUACUCUAUAGUGUGCAGAACUACAAUAAAGCUAGCUUAAAUAAAAUGAGAACAUAAGCCACAGGAGACCACUUAUUUUACAUUAAUAGUGUAAAAGUUACAUUAAGAGUGUUUUCUGAGUGAGCAGAGUGGGUUUGAAAUGCAGGAUCCAUUGACUUUUGACUGAAUACAGUGUUGCCCCUUCCAUGUGCUACAUGAUUAGCAGGGGAAGGCAGUUUCAGAGGGAACACCUUAAUUGAUAAAACCAAUCAAAAAAAAUCUAUCUCCACCCUAUCCAGAAAGCCAACCGUUGUCAUGGGGCUCACUUUAACUAAAGUGACACCCUAAUUCUUUGGAAACUGCCUUUGCAAAUAAAUCUACUACCACAUCAAGGUCAUUCCUGAGCCAGCUUCAGCUUUUAUCUGGCGUUUGUAACGCUUGUACAGAGAAACUAUUAAAUGGCUUGCUAUUGUUCACCUUUAAUGGGCUCUUUUACUUAUUGCCUAUAUGUAACCAGUUUCGGCCACAAGGCAUACAUUUUAUGGAAGAAAUAAAAUAACUGAAGCAACUAAA